UUGCAUUGACGUCACGGGUCAGAGGUCAUAGGGGCGGGCCGCCAUGUUGGGUGUCAAGUUCCUCACUCAGUACGCACGUGCAACGCAUUGUCCUUCACGCCUCAAGGACUUCCUCGAUUUGCACCCGCUGGUGAUCGUGCGGCUGUACCUACACAUAUUUUAGCAACAUGGUACACACUUGUGCUGCUGUGGGAUGCCAUAACAGGAAGAAUCCCGGUACUUCUGAGUCUUUCUAUCGAUUUCCGCGGGAAGAACCGAGGAGGGGAAAAUGGAUCGCUGCAGUAAGACGGGUCGACUGGCAGCCAACGGACUCAAGCAGGCUAUGCAGUGCGCACUUCAUCUCUGGAAAGAAGAGUGAAGACCCAGUGUCACCAGACUAUGUGCCAUCUAUUUUCGAUUAUGUGCCUUCCCAUGUCAAAAGGAAAAGGCAUUGUGACCUUGACACAUAUGAACACCGUCAAAAGUUAAAAACUCGGAGAAAGGAGCAACAAAAAGAAACAGAGAGAAGAUACAGUAGUGGGGCUGGUGAAAUCCUGACUGGCAGAAGUGCAGAAAGUACACCACAGCCAUCAGAUCCAGAUAAAACAGAGAGAAGAUGCAGAGGUGGAGCCGGUGAAAUCCUGACUGGCAAUAGUGCAGAAAGUACACCACAGCCAUCAGAUCCAGAUAAAACAGAGAGAAGAUGCAGAGGUGGAGCCGGUGAAAUCCUGACUGGCAAUAGUGCAGAAAGUACACCACAGCCAUCAGAUCCAGAUAAAACAGAGAGAAGAUGCAGAGGUGGAGCCGGUGAAAUCCUGACUGGCAAUAGUGCAGAGAGUACACCACAGCCAUCAGAUCCAGAUAAAACAGAGAGAAGAUGCAGAGGUGGAGCCGGUGAAAACCUGACCCAAAACCCAGUGGAUUAUGAGGCGGAAUAUGACAGAACCAACAAGAUGUAA